AAUGUUUCAGGUCGUGCUUUGGUUGGAUAUUAAAAACGUUUUUCAAAGCAUUCUCUUAACACAUUCCGUACCUUGCAUGCUUACAUUUAUAUUCUUCGGUUUGGAAAGUGAAUUUCAAUUUGAUCAAAAAGAGAGAAAGAGGGAACUAGCUCAUCCGAUGGGGGAGAUGAACAAUUUGAAGCCCUCAUUCUUGAGCUCCGAUGGGAGUUUGGCUGUUCAUGCUGGUGAAAGAUUAUGUCGUGAAAUAAACACAACUUCGAUCACGACCCCUGUAGUAAACACAACGACCUACUUCUUCAAGAACACUUCCGACCUAGUCGACUUCAAGGAGCAACGGAUUGUAUGUCAUGAGUAUACUCGUUAUGGAAGCCCAACAACUAUGGUACUUGAAGAAAAGAUUAGUGCACUUGAAGGUGCUGAAUCAACUUUGGUCGUGGCAUCUGGAAUGUGUGCAAUUAGUGUUAUGCUUUUGGCAUUGGUUCCUACGAAUGGUCAUAUUGUGACAACUAAAGAUUGUUACAAGGAGACAAGGAUGAUCAUGGAGAAUUUUCUUCCCAAAUUGGGAAUCACCGUGACUAUGAUUGACUCUGAUGAUACCGCAAGGCUCGAAGCUGUAGUGAAUGACCAUAAUGUUUCUAUGUUCUUUACUGAGUCCCCAACAAACCCAUUUCUUCGAUGUGUGGACAUUAAGUUAGUGUCAGAAAUCUGUCACAAAAGAGGAACUCUUGUUUGUAUAGACGGUACCAUUGCAACACCUUUGAAUCAAAAGGCACUUGCCCUUGGUGCUGAUCUUAUUCUCCAGUCUGGUACUAAGUACAUUGGAGGACACAAUGAUGUUCUUGCUGGAUGCAUAUCUGGCUCAACGAAGUUGAUUUCUAAGAUUCGCAUUUUGCAUCAACUUUUGGGAGGCACGCUUAAUCCUAAUGCCGCAUAUUUACUCAUCCGAAGCAUGAAGACGAUGCAUCUUCGUGUAAAACAACAUAAUUCAAAUGCUUUGAGGAUGGCCCAAGUGUUAGAAGCACAUCCCAAGGUAAGUCGCGUUUACUACCCGGGCCUUCCGAGUCAUCCCGAACAUCUCAUAGCCAAGCGACAAAUGACUGGUUUUGGUGGUUUGGUCACUUUCGAGGUUGCUGGAGAUUUGAAGAAGACAAUCAAGUUCAUUGAUUCUCUGAAGAUCCCUUACAUUGCAACAUCUUUUGGUGGAUGCGAGAGCUUCGUGGACCAACCUGCCACAAGGAACUGGGAUGUACCGCGAGAAGAAAGGCUCAACUAUGAACUCAACGACAACUUAGUUCGUUUCAGUUUUGGUAUUGAAGACUUUGAUGACAUCAAGGCUGACGUUCUUCAAGCUCUUGAUACCAUCUAAAUAAAUGUUGAUGUUUUGUAAACGAAGCUGUUUCCCAAACAUUUCACAAACACGUGUACCAUUUGUUUUAUUUCUAUUUCAACAAACUUUAAUAAUUUCAAAUGAAAACGUUUUUUAGUUAAA